CAGACGCUCAGUCGCGCAUCAGACGCUGUGCGGACCACUCGUUUCCCGAUAUCCACAUAUGUAACAGGUACUGUGAUAUUAUCGCUUGCCUGCUGCAGUGUCGUCGCGCGAUAUCGCCGCACAUACGGGACGAAAUACGCCGCGUCCGUACAUCAUCGCGACGACGCCAAUACACAAUUAUUACAAUAAAUUAUUGUACGGUGCACAACGCGGUCGCCGUCGUAAAUAUUGUAACAAUUAUUUGUUGAUUCUGUAAUAUUAUCAUCUCGUCCGCGCUGCAGCUCGCGGCGCACAUGACCCGCGCUAGCAUGCGGUACUCACAGCGACGGUGGUGCAACGCGGCUGUCCCGGUGCUGGUGCUGUCGGCGCUGGUGCUGUUGACGCAUGGCGCCACGAUCAAGUUCGACCAGAGUCAGACGGGCGACUACAAUCUGCAGAUACACUUGAAGAACAUCGAACUGUACGCGGUGUUCGACGACUCCGGCGGUGGCGACGACGAAUAUGAAGACUUACCUGACUACACGGAUGAAGGUCCGUCCAAACCACCGCAGAACUCGUCCACGACUUAUACUCCGACAUCGAGCACGGCGGCCACCGCGGCUGUUGUAAGUACGAGUUCACCGGCGCUGGCGUUACUUGACCCGUACUCGCCGUCCAACAGCGACAAAAUUGUUCAGAUGGUCGAGGCUCUAAUCGCUAGUAACGGAAACACUUCCGACUUACCUACCGAACAGCCACCGUCGUCGGUGAUCGCCGUCACAUCAUCGCCGUUGUCGUCGCCACCUCCAUCCGGUCAGUCACCGUCGACUGUCGCCACAGCUUCCGCAACCGCGUCCGCAACGAACAGCACGGCCAACCGGAAGUGCGGACCCGGAUAUUUCAGGGAUCCGAUGGGCCGGUGUCGGCGCAUCCGAAAACCACAUUUACCGUUUUUGCAAAUGGUACACACUCCAGGAGUGAUCAAGUCAUUCCAACCACAGCAAAGGACCACCGAAGACGUUAGUGUGUUGAAAAAUUAAAAGAAAACAUAGACUAAAUUAAUUUUGUUUUCAUAAUAUGCUCACAUACUGCUCCGAACGAAUUACGUUUUAAUAUUUAUUAUUUAUUUAUUUAUUAUUUAUCUCUAAUCGUACCUACUUAAUCAUAAGAGUUUCCAUAUAUUAUUAUAAUAUUUAACCGUGUAAUUAUUUAUACAUUUUUUAAAAUAAAUGCUAUUCACAUGA